AUGCUGUACUUCGUGUUGGUUUUUUUUUAGCUCUGCUGAAUUCUCCAGCUAGUUGAAUUUCAUCAUCCCGUUAAUUUAACGAGUUCCCACUGGUCAUUGUCUAUUAAACUAGCGUAACCCGGCUCAUCAAGGUAGGACGAGGCACUACAGUGUGCAUCACUUCUACAUUCGUGAGCGGGUUACGAUCGGCGACAUUCGAAUCGAUGGAACGGCAAGCAGGGUGGACGCUUAA